AGAGUAAAAGUCACGUUGGAAGGAAGAGGGGAGAGAGAUAUCUGCUUACAGCUGCUGUCAGAUAUCCGAUCGGGUUCGCAUGGCGAGGAGGUAACCUGAUCGAGCGGGGAGGAGUGACUUUGCCAGGGAAGGCUCGAACAAAAAAAAUGUCUUCUUCUUCUGCCGGAGAGGUCACGGCAGUGAAUGACAUUAAGAGGGAAAAUGUGAAGGAGGUGGAUACGCGGGAGAGCAUCAAGCUGGUGGCGCUGGACGCGGCGGAGUUGUCCAUGGAGCGCACGGCUCCCAACGCCGACGCGGUGCGCACGGAGCUGCUGGUGAGCGCCGCUUCCUCCCUGGCUUUCUCCCCGGAGCAAGUGGCGUGCGUGUGCGAGGCGCUGCAGCAGGGGGGCAACGUGGAGCGGCUGGCGAGGUUCCUGUGGUCCUUACCCCAGAGCGAUCUGCUCCGCGGCAACGAAAGCAUCCUGAAAGCCCAAGCCCUCGUUGCCUUCCACCAGGCUCGCUACCAGGAGCUCUACAGUAUUUUGGAGAACCACAGUUUUAGUCCGUCCAACCACACCUUUCUACAGGAACUGUGGUACAAGGCCCGGUACACGGAGGCGGAGAAGGCGCGUGGGAGACCCCUGGGCGCCGUGGAUAAGUACCGGAUCCGGAGAAAAUACCCUCUCCCCAGGACUAUCUGGGACGGCGAGGAGACGGUUUAUUGUUUCAAGGAGAGGUCGCGGAACGCGCUGAAGGAUCUCUAUAACCAGAACAGGUACCCGUCUCCAGCCGAGAAACGGAAUCUGGCCAAGAUAACCGGACUCUCCUUGACCCAGGUCAGCAACUGGUUCAAAAACAGGCGGCAGAGAGACAGAAACCCGUCGGAAGCGCAGUCCAAAAGUGAGUCUGACGGAAACCACAGCACAGAGGAUGAGUCCAGUAAGGGACAGGAGGAGCUGUCCCCUCGUCCUCUCUCUAACUCCUCAGACGGAGUGAUAACCCACGGCAGCCUCCCAGCUCAGACAGGACCUCUGGACGGCGGGGUCGUCAUCCAGCAGAUUGGUGACAUCAAGAUGUCCACAGGAUCCAGCGGCGGCGGCGUCUACAACGGCAGCCUGGCAGCCACUAAUACCUCCUCCGCCAUGUUUCACAAUGGCGGCUCGUCCUACCUUCACUCACCUGGAAACAUCCUCUUCAACGGGCUCAAUCUGGGCAUCCAGCCUCUGGCGUUCAACCCUCUGAGGCCGCCCGGCGGGGUCCUGCUGGGGGGCUCUGGGGGGGACAUGCACAUGCAGACGGGCCAGGAGAAGGGACUGGGCGGUGCCGAGGAGUCCAUCUUGCAGUACUCCUCCUACUCAGGCUGUGUGAACGGGUCGGAGGUGAAGCUGGAGGGGGUUCACACCAUGGCGGCCCAGAACGGAGGCUCAUCAGUCCUCACCUUCAGCUCGCCGUCUGGAGCUCUGCAGCUCGGCGGCUACAGUCUGGUCCAGGUACCGAGCGGAGUCCCCGACAACGAUGGCAGCUCGUUGCUUAACAGCGACGUCGGUCUUCCUCCUCUACAGCUGCCGUCUGCUUCAUCUUCCUCAACAAUCACACAACAGGGCAACAUGUCUCUGACCAACUCAGCAGUGAGCUCCUCGAGUGAAGAGUCAUUCCAGGCCCAGGACAAGCUGACGAUGACAUCUCUGCACCACAACACCGUCCUCUACAGCAUGAGCAGCCAGGCGGCCAUCAAGAAGGAGCCUCUGGAUGGGGGCAUCUACUCCUCGUACCACGCCGGGCUCCACCUGGACGCCAGCGGUCAGAUCAGCUACGCCGGCGCCGACUCGGGGCGGAUCUCCUCCAGCCACGGCGCCACCGCCACCACCGACGCCGCCGCCGUCAGCUCGUCCAGCUCCGAGGCGGAGGUCUACACCACCCUCACCAACAGCACGCCUCUGAUCGGGCAGACGGAGCCGGACAGCCAUCACCACCUGCAGCCGACGGAGUACCUCGGCGCCCACGAGGUGCACCGAGGCACCCCGUCCUCGCACCUGAUGGGCCCCGGCAUGAACGCGGACUACAUGAGCCUUUCAGAGAGCAAGGCGGACGGCUCAGGGCCCGGGGGGAUGAACGAGAUGGUGCGGGCCAUGUGCGGGGAGCUGGAGGCUGCAGAGGGGAAGGAGCUAGCCAAACUACAGACUGUGCAGAUGGACGAGGACAUGUCAGACCUUUAACCUCAGACUUUGAAGCACUCACACUCACCUGAGCAGUCCUAUGAUGAAUCUUUUUACUCCUCGGCGUGUCUGUGUGCGCGUGUGUGUGUGUGCGUGUGUGUGUGUGUGAGUUUUUAAGCAUUGAUCUCCUUUAAAUUAUUUGCUUUUAUUUGACUUUUAAGGUGCACUCUAGUCAGAAAGGAGCCGUGUAGACGGUCUGCUUCGGGUCAUUGUGAAAAUUUAAAAACAAAAAGACAUUUUUUU